AUGGAAGAUGAAUCAUACGCUUCAACUUCAGUAAUUGACAUGAGCAAUGUCGAUUAUAUCGAAAACAUGUUUGAAAAACUUGUGAGUAGACAGAAUAGGUUUACAAAGGAGUUUGAAAACAAUAUCGAAAUUUGCUGUACUCAGCUUAAUAAGUUAAAGGAUAUAAGCAACAGUGAUACAAUAAAUCUCCUAAGCAGUCUUUACAACUCUAAAUUAACUGUUGAAAGGCUAAAGUUACUCCAAAAUGAUUAUGAACCGUGUUCAGUUUGUAAAACAGUUGAACACGCGCCUCUCAUCUAUAAGGAAGACUUAAAAGAAAAGAUAAGGAAGAGAUCAACUGACCAGUCUGAUGACUAUUUUCAGUUCAUGACCAGGACUAAAAGCUUUAAAAAUACACGUUUCUUCUUUGAUUUUAAGGGUGAGGACCAGUCAAACGACCCUGACAAAAUCAAGAAGGAGGCCAGCAACUCAUUUCACGAACAUAAAUUUUCUGACUACUUUGUAUUUUUAAUUAACGAAAGACCUUCUACUGAUACAAUCUUUUUUAAGAAAUUUACAUUCAACUCACUUAAAUCGUUGGGGUCCCGUGCUUUAGAGUUAAUUAUGAGUUUCUUCCCUAUUUUCAACAUAACUAACUUUUCAAACCUUAUUAUCGUAAUUCAAUGGUUUCUAUAUAUUCUUAGAGUCCUAGUACUCAGGAAUAUCUUUAAGGAUAAAGAUAUUGAGAGUGAAAGUAAACAAUUCGGAGCGUUUAGCGGCCAGUUGUUGAGGGACAAUUUGGAGAUUCACAGGAUAUUGACAUCCACUUUUUUCCACAAUUCUUUUGCUCACUUGGUUAUUAGUACAAUGAUGCACUUGAGGUUCAGCUCAGUAUUCGAGAUGCUGAAUGGAAUUCUGGCAACAAUUUUCGUAUAUCUUUCAAGCUCGGCUUACGGAAUGAUUGGAGUCUGCUGGCUGACACCUGACACUUUACAGGCAAGUGGUUUCGCGGGGGAUUGGGGAGUUGCAGGGGCUCUACUCAGUAGAUUCUUCAUGUUCCCCUUUUUAGUUCAUAGGGAAUACCAAAAUAUAACAAACAUAGUUGUUAGUUACAUAUGUCUCUUCUUUUUGAAAACAAUUGGAAAAGGAAGCUCGAUUCUAGUUUUGGCACACCUUCUAAGCGCAAUUUCAGGACUCUGUAUGGGUACAAUGAUCAAUAUGAGGUCAAAAACUAACAAAAUUUCCGGAAUAAAGAGACUAUUAACUGACUUUGUGUGUUCGUGCACAUUACUGGUUGUUCCCAUAUUCUCAAUAUUCAUGCUAUUCACGGUUAAAUGA